AUGCGUGAGAUACAGGACAAUAGUUUUUUAGGUUUAUCAGCGUUACUGAAAUUAGAUUUAAGUAGCAAUCGAUUGAGGAUUAUUAGCAAUAAAGCAUUUGCUGGUUUAUUAUCUUUGAAAGAGUUGAUUAUCACACGGAACAACUUGAAAUCUAUUAACGGAGAAAUCUGUAACUUUUCAAGAUUGGAGAAAUUAAAUUUAAAUGAUAAUGCCAUUGAACGUAUUAAACCGAAAACUUUUGAUCGCUGUAUUCAUUUAAAAAAUCUGUAUGUAGCCUUCAAGAAUAGACGUUUAAGUAAUAAUGCCCUUAGAGAGUUAAAAACUGGAACAUUUAAAGGCCUAAAGCAGUUGAAAAUUUUGGAUUUAUCCAAUAAUAAAUUACUAACUCUUGGUGAAAACCUAACUGAUGGAAUGACAAAAUUACAUACCCUCUUGCUGAAUAAUAACGAUUUGCAAAGUAUUAAUGGAAUAUUCAAUCAGGAAAUGCCAAAAUUAUGGGAAUUAAAACUAGCUGAAAAUAAGUUAGACUAUUUGGAAGAUGGCUUAUUCAAAAAUAUAUUCUCCCUUUUCGAAUUAAAUUUAGCUAAGAAUAGACUAUGGAAUUUACCAUGUCACCUGCUUAGUCAUUUAUUGGUCUUAACAAAGCUAGAUAUCAGUCACACUAAAGUUAUAUUCGGUGAAGAUUGGUAUAACAUUGUUCAUUCAGGAUAUUUCAACAAUUUGAAGGCCUUGGGCUUAGCUGAUAGCAACAUGACUACACCUGAUGAUCACAUGUUUAAGCAUUUUAAAAAAUUGCAAAUUUUGGAUUUGAGUCGAAAUAAUAUCCAAGAAUUUUUGCCGGAAGUUUUGGUCAAUCAAGGAGAAUCAUUGAUAUCACUAAUCCUAAACGGUAACGAUCUUCAAUCAUUUCAGACCUAUCACUUGAUGAGGCAUUAUCGAUUGCGAGAACUGCAUCUAGCCAAAAAUAAAAUAGAGUAUUUUAAUAAUGAAAAUCGAUCAGAUAUUAAUCGAAUUCAUAUUUUGACCUUAGAUGAAAAUAACGUACGGGUUAUUACUCAUAAUUGUUUUUCAUCUAUGUCUUUACUAAGAAUACUGUCAUUAAAAAAUAAUCCUUUGGUUGAUCUAGCUUCGGAGCCAUUUUAUGGAUUAAUUAGGCUACAGAAUUUGCAAUCUACUCGCGAAUACUUAUGUUGUCUUGUACCUGGUACUGUGGAAAGAUGCAAACCUAUACCCAAUCAGGAGCAAUUAUCAACUUGUGAGAAUUUAUUAGCCCAUAGAUCGUUACAAAUCUUUGUUUGGAUUGUAGGUAUUUUAGCUCUUAUUGGCAAUACGUCGGUCAUAAUUAUGCAUUGGAUAUGGCGUCGUAAAUUUCAUCGUCACUUAGUGCCGACAUUUCUUAUUAGCAACUUAGCCUUCACCGAUUUGUUGACUGGCUUUUACCUUAUCAUUAUUGCUGUUGCCGAUCAAAUCUAUCACCAUAACUACGCACAAUAUUCUGAAUUCUGGUUACGGCAUCCAUUUUGUGUCUUUGCAUGUUUUCUUACCUGCGUAUCCAGUAUUAUGUCGGUCUUAAUGAUGUUUGUGAUCACCAUAGAUCGCUAUAUUUGCGUGGUUUACCCAUUAUCUGGUAAACGAUUAACUAUUAAGUCGGCAAGCGCAAUUGUUACUUUCUUCUGGCUAGUUAGCAUAUCUUAUGUAGCUUUCCCGCUAAUGUUUGGCUUUGGUAAAUCAGCUGAUGAUCGUAUCUACCAAUAUAGUAGUGUUUGCCUACCUAUGAAUAUUCAUAAUUCAUUCUUUCGUAUUUGGAUCUUAACGUCCAUCGCUAUCACUGUCUUAAUAUGGAUAAUUGUUAGUAUAUUAUACUUAGCAAUGUUUAUCUCUAUCCAGCGUACUAGAAUGGCCGUUGAAAAUUGUCGUAAUAUUCGAGAAGAUGAUAAACGAAUUGCUGGCAGGAUGUUAAUAAUAUUAUUAGCGAAUUUAGCUUGUUGGAUGCCCUUCUAUAUUGUUAUGGUGCGCAGUAUGCUCGAUUCGGAAGUUCAAAUCUAUACAUUGCCUUUCAUUGCUGUCUUUGUAUUGCCCCUCAAUUCAUCCAUUAAUCCAUACUUGUAUACAUUCUCGGGUAGUACUAGCAUGACUAGAAGUCAGAGAACGAAUAAAAAGUUAUCCAAAGAUUAUAGCACAGCAAGUUCGAAACGGCUACCUUCUCUUCCGACAUUUAGUACUAUAUUUAAGGAAUUGUCACCACUAUAA